UCGCUGCGAGAGGGAGCUUUGAACUUUGGACCGCACCUGGGAGGGUGAAGUAAACAACAGGGCUAUAAAUGUCAGUGUCAGGCUGCAGCUUUGUGGAGCUGCCCUGCCAGAGCAAAGAGAGACAGAGAGAGGAAGCAAACUGGUCCCGAGGGGUUGCGACAACCCCAGCAAUGUGGAGAAGCCUAGGGCUGGCCCUGGCUCUCUGUCUCCUCCCCUAUGGGGGGACAGAGAGCCAAGGCCAAAGCCCUGCUUGUAAACAACCUCCAGCCUGGAGCAUAGGAGAUCAAAAUCCAAUGCUCAACUCUGAGGGUACAGUGACCGUGGUGGCUCUCCUUCAAGCCAGCUGAUACCUGUGUCUUCUACAGGCGUCCAGACUGGAAGACCUGCGCCUGAAACUAGAGAAGGAAGGCUACUCUAACAUUUCUUACAUUGUUGUGAACCAUCGAGGAGCCCCCUCUCAAUUGAAACACACACACCUUAAGAAUCAUGUGUCAGACCACAUUGCUGUUUACCGACAAGAAGAACACCAGACGGAUGUCUGGACUCUCCUAAAUGGAAACAAAGACGACUUCCUCAUAUAUGACAGAUGUGGCCGUCUCGUGUAUCACCUGGGCUUGCCCUAUUCCUUCCUCACUUUCCCGUAUGUCGAAGAAGCCAUUAAGAUCGCUUACUGUGAGCAGAAGUGUGGAAACUGCUCUCUCACGAGUCUUGAAGAUGAAGACUUCUGUAAAAAUGUGUCCUCAGCUGCCGUGGGUAGCACAGCGGAGCCCUCAAAGACACACCACCACCACAAGCACCAUCACAAACACGGGCAUAGGCAUCUUGGGAGCAGUGAGCUAUCCGAGAAUGAGCGCGGGCAUGGGCAUCUUGGGAGCAGUGAGCUGUCCGAGAAUGAGCAACCAGGAGCACUAGAUGCUAAGCCAGCUUUGCCUCCUUCAGCCUUACAUCAUCCCCAGCACAGGCAGGGUCACUUAGAGAGCUGAGACAUGCAGGCAAGUGAAGGCCUACAGCUUUCACUUGCCCAAAGGAAGCUUUGCCGGAAGGGGUGCCUAAACCAGCUCCUGUGUAAGUUGUCCCAGGAGUCCGGGACGACUGCCGGCAGCUGCUGCUGCCACUGCCGCCAUCUCAUCUUUGAGAAGUCAGGGUCCGCAAUCACCUGACAGUGCGCUGAAAACCUCCCGUCCUUGUGUAGCUGACAGGGACUUUUUGCGGAGGAGAAAGUCAUUGAAUCUUGACAGUGUCGGGCCCCUCCAGCUGCCUGACGGAGUCAGCCACUAAACCCCACAGAAGCCAGCCCCACCUGAAGCUGAAAGAAUAAGACCAAAAAGUGAAAGUGACGCCCAAACUAAAUAUCUAAAAUAAGAUGGCUGCUCCCUAAGUCAGUCUAAAGACACAAUUCAUUUUUAGGAAAUUUUGCAAUCCACUUAAUAAAUCAGUGAACUAAAAGCAGGAAUUGGAUUUGUGCAAACACGGAGAAAUGUACCAUAUUGGCUUCUAAAUUUAAAAUUUUAUGCCACAGAAAAUUUGGCCCAAAUCAGAUUUGUAUUGUGGGGUAACUAAAAAGUGACUGCAGCUUUUGGUUAAUAUGUCUUUUUUUGUCUUUUUCCAGUGUUCUAUUUACAUUGAUGAGAACAGAAACAUAAACUAUGACCUAGGGGUUUCUGUUGGAUAGCUCGUAAUUUAGAACGGAGAAAGAACGACAAAGACACAUUUUCCAGUUUUUUCUUUACUUAAACUCUCAAAACAACAACUUCAUCUCUUUAAUCUUACAUUUUUAACCAACUAAAUCUUAAACAGACUACAUCUUAAUAUCUACUUAUCUUUUUUUAUAUCUAAGACUACUAGCUUUCCUUUAGUACAUACAUCUGUGUAUCUUAUUUUCCUCAUCUUAUGUUGUAUUGUUCUUCUGAACUGUGAGUGAUUGUCUUGAAAGAAUGGAAGAAAAGUAUGUUGUUAACCUGCAUGCUGCUUAAGACAGUAUUUCCAUAAUCAAUGAUGGUUUAAUAGAGAAACUCGGCCCUAUGAACCUGAACUCUUUUAUGGCUAAUACCAUUAAGCAAGAAUGCAGUACAGAAUUGGCCACAGUACAGACUUAUCUCAAUAAAUGCAAUUUUAAAAAGCUUAAAA